GCGGAGGGCGUAGUCGCUCACGCUCCGUGUAACGGCGCAGUCAACAGUCUCAGGACCGUCCCGUGUGUCUCUGUCAUGUCUUCAACCGUGUCCACGACCGUGGGGGACAUGUGUGUCGUCACCCACGUAAACACAGAGCAGCAGAACUCAGUGGGCGUCCGGAGGUUCAUCAAGGGACAACCACAGGCGCUGGGGACGGUUCAGAUCAUCAUCGGCGUGAUGGUUUUCCUGAUUGGGAUUACGAUGGCGCCUGAUGGAGACACAAUGGGAAUUCACAGCGGCGCCUUCGUCUGGGGAUCUGCGUUUUCCAUCACAGCUGGAUCUCUGACAGUCGCUGCUGCCACAAAACUCAACCGCUGCCUGAUUAAAUGUGCGAUGGCGUUCAGUAUCGUCACAGCAGUCACUUCCACCAUAGCCGCCAUCCUCUACUCUGUGGAUUUUUUUGUUCUACUUCUGUUCAUUCGCUGUGGUUACGACUGCGAACUGUUCAAGAGUCGGAUAGAGGGCAUCUCAGUAGUCCUGGUUGUCUUCAGCCUGUUACAGAUGAUCGUCUCAGUCGUCAUUGCGGGUUACGCCUGCUGUGCCACAUGUGACGGCCAAGAAGAGACACCUGCAGUAUAUUUGGCGACUGGACAAACUGCUGCUCCCAACGCUAAAGAGGCGAGCGUAAUGAUUCCUCCUCCAGCGUACACCACUGUGGUCAACUGAGCUGAUGUCACAGCGAGCACCAGUCUGGGAUGUUUUCAUGUCCUUCAACAUCCAAAUAAUCUUUCAUUGUUAUUCACAUCAUGUUGUUCUCACUUGAAUGACAAUCUAUUUUUGAUCAUGUACUAUAGUCUUGUUUUUUCUGUAAAUAUGUUUCUUUGCUUUUCUACGACAAUAAACGGAAUAUGACAAAACAA